AUGGCCAAUCGUUCCUUCCUACUUUGCCAAAGUUGCGCGGAAGUGGCCGAGUGGCAAACUGCUCUUGAUCUUUUGGCGGAGUUGCGAGCUGGCCAAGUGACAGAGGGCGGAGAGCCUCUGGAGGCGGAUACUGUGAGCUUCAACGCCACCAUCAACGCGCUUGGGAGGGGUGGGGAGUGGAAGAAGGCUGUGGCGCUUCUUAGAGAAAUGACGAGAGCGGGGCUUGGCGUCAAGCCGAAUGAGAUAUCGUACAACUCGGCCAUCCACGCGUGCGGUCGAGGAGGGCAAUGGGAGCUAGCGCUGUCUCUACUGAAGGAGAUGCGUGAGCUAGGUCUCCCUCCAGAUCGGAUUAGCUUCGGUGCCAUGGCAAAUGCUCUCGGCACAGCGGGCAAGUGGCCACUAUUGCUCGAGUUGCUGGAAGAGAUGAAGGCAGACGGCAACCCCCCAACUGACGUAGCGUUCAAGGCUGCAGUCGACUGCUGUUCCAAGGCGGGAGAGUGGCGACACUCCGUUGCGUUGAUCAAGGCAAUGCGCGCCGCUGGAUACCCGCCGACCGUGCUGUCCCUUUCAAGCGUCAUCUCUGCAUGCGGGAGGGGCGGGAGAUGGGAGGUAGCACUAGCCCUUCUGCACGAAACGCGGAAGUACGGCCCCUCCGCAUCAGCCUCUGUUUAUGUCGCCACCGCACAAGCAUGCGCGAGAGCAGGGAAGUGGGAGGAGGCGACGAACUUGAUGGAGAUGAUGAAGGUAGACGGUGUCCGGGCGACAGAGAAGUUCUACAUGGCCCUUCUUCGGGCGACAGGAGAAGGCGGCCGCACGGACAAGACGUUGGAUUUUUUCGAGGAGAUGAAGGAGAUCGGCCUGAAACCUGGUGUGAGAAGCUACAACUGCGCGGUUGGGGCGUGUGGCAAGGCUGGCAGCUGGGAGGGUGCAAUGAAAUUGUUGACGGAGAUGCACGAGGAAGGGAUGCGCCCGGCGGGAUUUGCUGUGGCGGCCACCAUUCGCGCAUGCAGUUCCGCGGGGGAGUGGAGGAAAGGCCUCGAAGUGUUGCGGCAGUCGCAGCAAGUCAAACCAUCCAAACCAGAUCCAUGCAGUCUGGGCGCAGCCGUAGAGAUGUGCUGUCGUGCUGGGAAGUUGGAUCACGCGCGAGCUAUCUUGCCUCAUUUGACAGCACUGGCGGGGAACGAAGGAGCCGAUGCGUGGAUACGCGAAACGAUGGGCAUAUUCAACGCUUGCAUAGGCGAUUUGGAAGCGCGAGAAGAACCGGCCGUCAACGGAAACGAGGACGAUGAGCUACGACCACCUGCAAGUGAUGACAAAACCAUCGCCAUCACCGGCGAUUUGAAUACUCAAGCAGCCUCAGGGGAGGAGACGAACCAGCAGCGUCGAGGCCGGCCAAAGCUGUCUAAAGGGCCAACAGAGAGAGCUGUGCCAUUCAAAGAGGUCCACCAACUUCAUCCUCUGGGCGGAGCUGUUGGCGGAAAGGUCGGGGAAGCCCGAAGACUGGCGACAGACCAUGCGCCUGACCUCUUGGUCAAGCUAUCGCACGGCGGGAAUGCCACGUGAUACUACGAACGCUUCAUCGUAUGAAGAGAGCUUCUUCGACCCGUGCGCUUGGUUUGCGGCAGGGUACAGCGCUACUAGUGGUUUGCAGCCAGCAUCCCUCGUGAUUUUUUACAUACUGUAGGGUGUGCGUGCCAGGGACGGCUGGAAGCUUGCUCAUUUUGUUUAUUGCACGUUGCUCUCGAAGGUUGAUGCACUGCAAACCACUUCCCCUGGCCUUGAUUUUGUUAUUCAGGUUUUGAUGGAAUGUCCGUCUUGUAUUUUGGUGAGUAUUUUUUGCCAACGGAAGAUGAUGCGAAAUAGAGCUGUUGCAGGUCAUCUUAUCUUGCCCGGGUCUUGCCAUCAGAAUGAACGGUAGAAGGUGCUUUCUUUUUAGUAAAAAACGUUUUGUGUAUUACUGUCAUACGCUGUGCAAAAGGCCUGUCAGCUUACGUUUAACCAACGCUGAGAUGAGAUGAGACAUGGCCUCGCAAGGUGGUGAGCUUGGGGCUCAGCGUAGGCGCCCGAAUGUGUAACGAGCACUCAGCUAGUACCUUGAAGGUUGGACUGUAUAAAAGCCCAAUCAAUUAAAUGCGUGGCAUUGUUGUUCUUUUGGCGGGAUGCAGAGGAUUCGAUUUGGAGGCUCUCGAGGCCAGAAGCUGUGCACCCUCCCUCCGGCUGAGGCACUCUCGGUAGGUAGAAACCUUGGAGCUUUCUCUUGUUCCCAAACCCAGCUAAAGUUCUGAGCUCGG